CUCAACGUGCACUGCUGUCAAAAUAAAAAGUGGACGAGAAAAUUUUAUCACAGUUUUUCUGCUACACGAAGUCGAUUCCAGUAUUUACAAAAUUCCUCCAGCCAAAAACCGCAAAAUUCGUUCCGAUUUUGCCAACUUGCUAUAGGAAAACUAUCGGGCACCACUGAAUAGUAAGUAGUUCGUGUCCCAGCGGCGACCGAUUCCCCAUUUGGAUGGACUACCAGCGCUAAUUCCGUCCGAAGAGUCACCAAAGGAUGAUUGACAACAACAAUAAGAGCUCAGCCCGUCGCUUCAUCAGCUAAUUAAGGUGCGUUGCGGGAAGUUAAAUUGCAAGUCGUCUUCAUUGGUAUUCUGCCCUCAUCCUGGUGGCACAGAAUUCGCAACUAGGAACAAACACAUCUUGCGAAACGACAAAUUGCCGGGGAGGGGAUGAGUAGCAGUCACAGCGAUGCCGGGUCGUCCUUCUGGAAGAAUAACUCCGGACGGAUACCAGGGCGUCCCACGGCCGCCUCAAGGAUGCCAGGCCCUGCUGUAGGUCCAGGUGGAGCCAGUUCGAGCAACUCGUUCCAAGACUACCAGGAAUCGGUGAGCGACGCGUGGGACCUGGGAGACGAUGAGUUCUGUAUCAUUUCCGGCACCGUGGAUCCGACGACGGCCCGGAUAUCAAAGAAGGUGUCCCAUUCGGCGGCACUGAAUGUCAUCAAGACACAUCGCAGUAGCUCGGGGAGCGGUGUGGAACGAGGUACAGGAAGAUUGACCGAGGUCAGUGUGCAUCGGGGAAGUUCCGGGACAGGCGGUGGAACUACGGUUACCGGGACGAUGACCGUGGUGGAGAGUUUGGACGGACUGAAGAUCGAUCGGAGUGUGGCGGAGAAGGCACUGGUGCAACGCCAGCCGAACUACGAAGCGCUGAAUCAUGUUAACGAAAAUCGUUACCGACAAAGAUUCCACGCCUACCCAGGCCGUCCACAGCUGCUGAAACUGUCGUCCAAUGUGGCCUCGAAGGAUGUCGAGUGCGAGUCGAAGUACGAAAAGUUCACCAAUAUCCUCGAAGCACCCCUGUUGAAUCUGAUCGCCCUCAAAGAACUCAGCUGGUCCGGAAUCCCCCGGAGGAUGCGAGCCGUGACGUGGCGCCUACUGUCUGGAUAUCUCCCUACCAGCCUGGAACGGCGGAACACCGUGCUGGAGCGGAAACGAGCCGACUACAAGAAGCUCGUCCAGCAGUACUUCCAUGUAGAUAGCCGGGACGAAAUCCAGCAGGACACGUAUCGCCAAAUUCACAUCGAUGUGCCUCGGAUGAAUCCGCACGUGUCGCUGUUCCAGCAGAAACUGGUCCAGGAAAUGUUCGAGCGAAUUCUCUUCAUCUGGGCCAUUAGACAUCCCGCCUCCGGAUACGUACAGGGUAUCAACGAUCUGGUGACGCCGUUCUUCAUCGUAUUCCUGCAGGAGUCGGUGGGGGCUGAAAAAGAUCUGGAACAGUGCCAACUAGGGGACCUAUCGCUCGAACAGCGGGACAUCAUCGAAGCGGACUCGUUCUGGUGUUUGUCCAAGUUUCUCGACUGCAUACAGGACAACUACAUCUUUGCCCAGCUCGGCAUCCAGGAGAAGGUGAACCAACUGAAGGAACUCAUCCAGCGAAUUGACGGAACCCUCCAUCGGCACCUGCAAUCGCACGGCGUCGACUAUCUGCAGUUUUCGUUCCGCUGGAUGAACAAUCUGCUAACCCGCGAACUGCCACUCUACUGUACGAUCCGACUGUGGGACACCUAUCUGGCCGAGUCGGAUGGCUUUGCCGUGUUCCAGCUGUACGUGUGUGCCGCCUUUUUGCUGCACUGGCGCGAACAACUGCUCCAGGAGAAGGACUUUCAAGGGUUGAUGCUGCUGCUGCAGAAUCUGCCGACCCACAGCUGGAUGGACUCGCAUAUCGGCGUCCUGGUGGCGGAAGCGUUCCGCCUCAAGUUCACCUACGCCGACACGCCCAAACACCUGGAGGGCAAAAGUUGACAGCACCACAGCGAGCGCAAUUACAACUACUGUAAAAACUAUCUCUAUAAGUUUAUCUAGGUUGGGCGAGUUUCGUUUCGCUGGAUUGAUUUUUUCUCUGACGUUAAACUAUUACAUUGAUUGUGAUUUAUCUUGUUUCGUUUGUUUAAUUCGCAUGUUCGAAUGAGGGAAGGGAUAAAGCAAUUGCGACAGAAUUUCCACAUUCUGUUCGAAGUUAGGGCAAGAAGGAAACGUAGUUGAAAGCAUCAUAGACCAAGACAACUCGUUAGAUAUAUCUAUGAAAUACCUAGUAUAACAACUAAAUCAAAAACUUCGAUUAUCAAAAUUGAGGAAUCACGGAACACAUUCAAGAGCAGGGAAGGGAUGGAAAGAAAUAGAACUGAAGAAAAUACGAAACCAAUUCGACUAAAUUAUGCAGGUGCAUGAAAAGAGGAGCAAAUUAACCCAAGGUUAUCAAACUUUGAAUCGAUUCAAUGUAGGUUACAAUUUUACUUUUAUCACUUGGAAGAAAUAUCGGAAAGCAAGAGAGUAGAGUACGAUACAAAAAUGCAAAUUAUUUUUUUCUAGUUUUACGUAGUUUUAUAAUGAUAGAAGAUUUAUGUUUAAAACUGACAACAACCGAAUAAUACAAUGA